GUUUCCGUUUCCGUUUUGAAGGGAAGUCAGUGGACUGUGGUGGACUCAUGAAAUUUAGUUUACCAAGUUACCUGAAGGAGCUACCGACAACAAUGGACAGCGCAAUUUUGGAACCCUCUUUGCUUACAGUUAAGGCAGUCCUGAUCAUGGACAAUGAUGGAGAAAGACUAUAUGCCAAGUAUUACGAUGAGACAUACCCCAGUGUAAAGGAACAGAGAGCCUUUGAGAAGAACAUCUACAACAAAACACAUCGAACAGACAGUGAGAUAGCUCUUCUUGAAGGUCUCACUGUGGUAUACAAGAGUAGUAUUGAUUUAUAUUUCUAUGUGAUUGGAAGCUCCCAUGAAAAUGAGCUAAUGCUAAUGGCAGUCCUGAAUUGCCUGUUCGACUCACUCAGUCAAAUGUUGCGGAAAAACGUAGAGAAGAGAGCUCUGCUGGAGAACAUGGAGGGGCUGUUUCUGGCUGUGGAUGAGAUUGUUGAUGGCGGGGUGAUCCUGGAGAGUGACCCUCAGCAAGUGGUGCACCGCGUGGCUCUGCGGGGUGAUGAUGUGCCUCUUACUGAACAGACAGUUACUCAGGUUCUCCAGUCAGCCAAAGAGCAGAUCAAGUGGUCCCUGCUGCGAUAGGCUGAACAAGUGGAUGCCAGGUGACUAAAGGAGAGUGCGGGGUAUCUUCAGCAUUCCACUCCAGAUGCUUCCCUACAGACAGGAUGCUGUUCUCUCUGUGCUGUUCAGAGGCUGCUUGCAGCACCUCUGACAACGGUUUAUAUGAAAGCAGCAGCACAGCAUUGUCAUUUAUUGGACCUGAAUCAAUCAUUCCUUGUGUGUGUGUGUGUGUGUGUGUGUGUGUGUGUGUGUGUGUGUGUGUGUGUGUGUGUGUGUGUGUGUGCUCAUGCACAUGUGUAAUAAUGUGCCUGUGUGCCUAUUAUGUUAAUGCAUACAUAACUGUGAGUAAAUGUUUGUCAACUUAUCACCCAGUCACAGGUGAAAGCUGUGGAAAGAUGUCCUGGGCUGUUUAUUACUGUCCAAUACUGUCGGUUUCACAGGCCGUGACUGUACACUAUCCUCUCUCAAGACCUUUAUAUUUUGAUAAAAAUUAAACUAAAUAUUGUUUCUGUCA